AUGGCUCUUGCUCUGAAGUCAAGUUGCUUCUUGCAAUUGAAGAAACCUGAGGUCGGUUUCCAUGUUUGUUUUUCCUCCAAGAAAGCUUUAAUCUCUGUCAAGAGAUACACUACAGUGGCUGCUAUGAGGACCAUGAGAGCUCCGGGACUCUCUGAAACAUUCACCAGACUGAAACAAGAAGGAAAAGUGGCUUUUAUACCAUAUAUCACAGCUGGUGAUCCUGACCUUUCAACCACAGCAGAAGCACUAAAAGUUCUUGAUUCAUGCGGAUCUGACAUAAUUGAGCUAGGUGUUCCGUAUUCUGAUCCUUUGGCAGAUGGUCCUGUUAUCCAGGCUGCUGCUACAAGAUCUCUUGCAAAGGGAACCAAUUUAAAUGCAAUCAUAUCGAUGUUGAAGGAGGUUGUUCCACAAUUGUCAUGUCCAAUUGCACUGUUUACUUAUUACAAUCCUAUACUGAAGCGUGGUACUGAGAGAUUUAUGUCCAUCAUAAGAGAAACUGGCGUACAUGGGCUUGUAGUCCCGGAUGUCCCUCUGGAGGAGACAGAGACUUUAAGAGAAGAAGCUAAGAAAAAAGGAAUUGAACUGGUACUCCUCACAACACCUACCACUCCAAGAGAUCGAAUGAAAGCCAUUGUUGAUGCAGCAGAAGGAUUUGUGUAUCUUGUGAGCUCGGUGGGGGUCACAGGAGCCCGAGCAUCAGUUAGUGGUAAUGUUCAGUCUCUUCUGCAGCAAAUUAAAGAGGCAACAACUAAACCUGUGGCUGUUGGUUUUGGAAUAUCAAAGCCCGAGCAUGUUAAACAGGUAGCAGGAUGGGGAGCUGAUGGUGUGAUUGUUGGCAGUGCUAUGGUGAAGGUGCUUGGUGAAGCCAAAUCUCCUCAAGAGGGAUUGAAAGAACUGGAAGUUUUCACCCGCUCCUUAAAGGAGGCACUUCCUUAA